AUGGACGUGAGAGUGCAGGUCAGUGUGGUCAAUAUAUCGUCAGACAAACCCAUUGCUGUUUUUGUCGGGAAGUAUCUGAAGAAAGGGGAUAAUGCAUCGCGCAACUGCUUCUACUAUAUGGCGACGCCCAUGUAUGCAGGGAGCGCCGAGUACGCCCUUUUUCCAUCCCUGUCCAACAUGACCACCAUCUGUAACGGACUAUAUUACUUCGCUGAAAAGGAGCAUACAUACUUGAAGAUUUUAGGGAGUAACAGUUACAUCUGGAGCUGGGUUCCACAAGCCUCAACUUCCAUCAUCUUGCCAGGCAAUGCGUUUUACCGUUUGCAAGGGGAGUUAGACAACCCUCUACACUUUAGGAAAUACUGCAGCAACUUGUAUCAAUCUUGCGCCACUCCCCUUGUUGGAAAAGAACUCUGGAGAAGUCAAUACGAUUUUGAAGUUACUAAUCAUGCUGAGAUCAUUUACAUUCUGUCGUCUGAUGUUAGCCUCAUCGAUUUGGAAAUGGUUCGGAAUACCAACAUAGUUUACAAUGGUCAGUGCUCUGGUCCAAUAGCCGAGUCACUUAUAGGGUGUGGCAUAUUUAUAGAAACGCCGAAGAGUCUUAGAAAGGAUCAUUACACCACUGCCUCGUCGUGUCAAUUUUUUGGCAGCUAUCUGCAUGGGCCUGUUUUAAUUAACACGAAGGUGAUCUCCAGUAAGCUGGCAUACGUUUGCGAGGACAUUGAAGAUAUUUACGAGGAAAUUGAAGAUAUUUGCGAGGACAUUGAAGAUAUUUGCGAGGACAUUGAAGAUAUUUGCGAGGACAUUGAAGAUAUUUACGAGGACAUUGAAGAUAUUUACUAG